UGUGCGCGCGUCGCGGCGCGCUGCGUAUGUUCCUGGGCGGGAGCAGAAAAAUGGCGCCAGAACUAGCGGCGGGCUGAGCACACGGGCCCCCUGGAAGCCGGCCCUGCGGUCCCCGGGCCGACCCGGCCCCUCCUGGACAUGGAGGACGUGGAGGCGCGCUUCGCCCACCUCCUGCAGCCCAUCCGCGACCUCACCAAGAACUGGGAGGUGGACGUGGCGGCCCAGCUGGGCGAAUACCUUGAGGAGCUGGACCAGAUCUGCAUUUCUUUUGAUGAAGGCAAAACCACAAUGAACUUCACUGAGGCAGCACUGUUGAUCCAGGGCUCCGCUUGUGUCUACAGUAAGAAGGUGGAAUACCUCUACUCACUGGUCUACCAGGCUCUUGAUUUCAUCUCAGGCAAGAAGCGGGCCAAGCAGCUCUCCUCCGAGCGGGAAGAUGGGACCAUCGGGGAUGCCGGCUGCAGGGCCCCCCAGGAGGCGGAGUAUGAGUUCCUGUCGUUGGAUGGCCUCUCUGACUCCCGCGCUAACGUGGACCUGAGGAGUGACCAGGCCCCCAGUGAGACCCUCAUCGUCCCCCUCCUGCCCAUGGCCCUGGUCGCCCCUGAUGAGAUGGAGAAGAACAGUAACCCACUGUACAGCUGUCAGGGGGAGGUCCUGGCCAGCCGGAAGGAUUUUAGGAUGAAUACGUGCACCCCUCACCCCAGAGGAGCCUUCAUGUUGGAGCCGGCAGGCAUGUCCCCUGCGGAAGCACUGCUGCCGAGGAACCAGAAGGAGGCCGGGGGUGCCGAGGGGCAGCCAGUGGACGUCUCUGUGUGCAGGAGUCCAGUCCCGGUGCUCAGCACCUCCCAGGAGCCAGGCGCCUCUCCGGAAGGCCCAGCGCCCGGAGGCGGGGGUGAGGAAGAGGAUGCAGAGGGGCCAGCAGACCCCCCCGAGGCCUCAGCCCCCGAGGUCCCCAUGGAGCCCCAGGAGCCCAGGAGCCCCGAGCAGAGUGCAGCCCAGCCCAGGAGGUGCGCACUACGGGAGCAAAGGGAGGCCCUGGAACCUGCAUCCCGGCUGAAGGAGACCCCAGACCCCUGGCAGGGCCUGGACCCCUUCGACUCCCUGGACUCUAAGCCCUUCAGGAAAGGUAGGCCCUACUCUGUGCCGCCCCGUGUGGAGGAGGCUCCAGGACAGAAGCGUAAGAGGAAGGGUGCCUUCAAGCUGCAGGACUUCCACCAGUGGUACCUGGCUGCCUACACCGAGCAUGCUGACAGCAGGAGGCCCCGGCGAAAGGGCCCCUCCUUUCCAGACAUGGAGGUCCUGUACUGGAGGCACGUGAAGGAGCAGCUGGACACCCUCCGGCAGCUACAGAGGAGGGAGGUGGCUGAGCGGUGGCUGCCGAGGACUGAGGAGGGGCUGUGGCCUGCGGAGGAGGACCGCCUGGAGGACUCCCUGGAGGACCUGGGAGCGGGAGAGGACUUUCUAGAGCCUGAGGAGUAUGCAGAGCCUGAGGGGGCAGCGCCUGGGGAAGACGCAGACGCAGACCUGGACGCGGGAGCCAUGCCAGUGCCCCUGAGCUAUGAGGAGCUGGUCCGAAGGAACGUGGAGCUCUUCAUCACCACCUCGCAGAAGUUCGUGCAGGAGACAGAGCUGAGCCAGCGCAUCAGGGACUGGGAGGAUGCCAUCCAGCCGCUGCUCCAGGAGCAGGAGCAGCACGUGCCCUUCGAUAUCCACACUUAUGGGGACCAGGUGGUCUCAAGGUUCCGCCAGCUCAACCAGUGGUGCCCCUUUGCGGAGCUGGUGGCUGGCCAGCCUGCCUUCGAGGUGUGUCGCUCCAUGCUGGCCUCCCUGCAGCUGGCUAAUGACUACACGGUGGAGAUUACCCAGCAGCCGGGGCUAGAGGCUGCCGUGGACACCAUGUCCCUGAGACUGCUCACGUACCAGCGGGCCCACAAGCGCUUCCAGACCUACGCUGCCCCCUCCAUGGUCCAGCCCUGAGCGGGGAGCGCUGAGACCAGGGUCCCCCACAGGUGCUGGGCACGCAUCUGCUCACUCCACUCUGCUUCCCGGCUCACCCAGACUAAUAAAGUGUUGCCAUCCCGCCAAUCCCUUAAAAAACGCUUUACAAAACUGUCCUGUGUGGAGGAAAUGGCUGUCCGUCCCCUGCACCCCAGGAGGCAACCAGGUCCCCAGCCCCUUUCCUGCCAGGGCCGCCAGGGGCUGCUGGUACAGAUCUCAGGCGCACACAGCUUCAUUGCACCCU